UUCUUUCUUGCUUCAUAGCUUCUACAAGUUCAAGCAUAACGUUUACAAAAAAGGAAUCCUAAGUUACCCUUUUCUCUCCUUUUUCAACUGUGGAUCUCUGCUUCCCUCAGAAGCUCAUACCCAUUCAUUUGCUUCAAUGCCUAACCACUUGCUUGUGAAUGAAUUUCAACGCCAUGCUUGUUCCGGUUCUCUGCUUAUUCUUCUUGUUUCCAGCUCUACUGGCUCAGUCUUCCGCCAGUAAUGCAUCUUCAACGAGCGCUGCUGCUAGAGCCCUCGAUGCUCUUCUCCAAAACUACGCUUACAGGGCCUUUGUACGCCCUAAAACAGGAGUGCCCUACGAUGCCGUUGUUCCUUCUAAUUUAACCGGGAUUCAGAUUGCAGCAAUGAGGCUUCGGAGUGGGAGCUUGCGGACCAGAGGUGUGAAGAUGUACAAAGAGUUCGAGAUCCCCAUUGGAGUUGUAGAGCGAUCUUAUGUCGAACACCUCGUUUUGGUUUAUCAGAACUUGGGUAAUUGGUCUUUGCGAUACUAUUCGAUGCCCAACUACACCUACCUCGCUCCUGUUUUGGGUCUUAUUGCUUACGAUGCUUCUGACUUGUCGGCUAAGAAUUUGCCGGAAUUGGAUUUAAGAGCAUUUGGGGAUCCUAUCAAGAUCAAUUUCUCAGAUGCGGAAUCAGCUCCAGGUGGGUCAGUUCCCAAAUGCGUUUGGUUUGAUUUACAUGGUUUGGUCAAAUUCAGCAACUUGACAGCUCCCAAUGAGUGUUCCACCAUCCAGCAGGGACAUUUUUCAAUUGUCGCCGAGACGAUUUCGCCGCCUAUUCCGUCACCGGCGAGAGGAGGAAAGGAGAGUAACAAUAGGAGAACAUGGAUAAUUGUUGGUUCUGUUGUGGGCGGAGUGGCAUUGCUGGCAUUCUUGGGAUUCUUGGUACUUUGGGCACGCAAAUGCAAGCAGAGAAAGAAAAUGCAAGAGAUGGAAAAGGCUGCCGAUGUGGGAGAAGCACUACACAUGACAUCCGUUGGUGAUACGAAGGCGCCAUCGGCAACGUUUACUCGGACUCAACCGACUCUUGAGAAUGAAUAUGUGCCUUAACCCUUUCUCUCUGUGUAGUUUCAGUAAAUUAUUCUUCUGCACACAGCCUCACACCUAUUUUUUUCUUCUUUUCUGGUGGUUUGUUCAUGGUAGCAUCUCGGUUGUAGCGUGGGUAAAAUAGGAUUCUUUUUCAUAAAUUUCAUGAUUCAUUGUGGUGUGCAUUUAGCCGAAAUGAUUCUAUUCUAUGUCUUGAAUUAUAGUUGUCUCAUUCGUAAGGAAUGAAAACCCUUCUUUUCUCCU